GGAUAGCCCUGAUGUCAGGCGCACACCCACAGCUUGAACGGCACCCACACACAUACGUCAAAUUUGCUGUACGGACGGACGAGGUGACCCGUCCCAUUCGUGUCUCCCGAAGCCAGUGUGACGCACCGAGAGGGGGUCCACCUACGACGGAAUCACGGCAGCCAACUAAGACGAGCGACACACGACUGAGCCCGCAUUUUACUGAUAAUGGGGAGCGCCACGGCCGAACACGAUCCCAAUACCGGGAGAGCAGCGUACGUGGGGACUGGCCAUGUUUCCCACGGGGGCCCCCAGGUCAAUGGAGUUUGGAGGUCCAGCUCGGACAAAAUCAUCACUGUCCGAGACCAGAUUACGACCAACAUCUUCUAUAUAUUCUCCCUGGCGGAGCACCUCAAGACCCUGAGCGGAGUCCCUGAACCGAGCGCCGCAGGGGGCAAGGACGGGGAGGGCCACAUUUCGCCAUCGCCAGACUCGUCGAAUUGGUGGAUUGUGGCUAAGAUCAUCCUCGUCAUUGUCCUGGUGUGCCUAGUCACUGUCGCUGUGUGGUCGGCUUGGACAGUCUGUGAGACGAUGAAGGCGGUGUUGCUGGGGAUAUCUUGGACAGGUCAGCUAACCCUGUGUUGGCCCGGUCUCAGAGUGAUCAUCUCGGCGACCUACUUGAGUGGGUGAGAUCCAAGCCGGUGGCUUACCGCCUCUUCUUUGGCACAGCCCGCCUGGGUGCUCCGUGGGGGUGUCACAUUGGUGGUGCGGAAAACGGGUGACUUUUCUUUCUCAUUCUCACGGCUUGUGCCGUAUUCUAUAAUGCUGCGGUUUGUUCUUGAAAAGUUUUAUGAUUUCGUUGGUCAGGAUUGGAAAAGCGAGCUCGGAACCGGGCAAGUAUGUUAUUCAGGGUCCUGUCUCUUCUUCUGGGAUGCCGAGCAGAUGCAGUGGACGCUCCGUGUUGGAUCAUCCCACUCUGUCUUAGGGGGUGGCUGAGUGGGAUUGGUCGCUGUUUGAGACACCCAACACGCAUUAUUAAUUGAUUGAUGGAUUGUUUUCUUGGUAUAUU